UCUCUCCAAGUCACCGCCUCUGUUGAAUAGCCUGAAGGGGAAACCAAAGGUUAGCAGUCGCCCCACGUUUAAAAUGUUACGUGUGUUUUAUGUGACGAUGCGCUGACCCCAAAACCAGAGAAGUUUCGGUUCAUUUUGGCGCAUUUCUGCCGUUUUUUCCCCACGAACUUCGGACCCAAACGUCCCUCAAGUCAACGAAGGUGAUGGGCCCCAAGAAGGUGAACACAGCCAGUGGUGUGAUCACCUUCCACACACCUUUUCCUGUCAACCUGUUGAAAUCAGAGGAGUGCAGGGCAGAUGCGAGGGACGCUGCAGGCCGCAGAGGGAGCCCGUCUCAUCCGAGGACGACGAGGACGAGGAGCCCCGCUAGGAGCCCCGCUAAAUGUGUAAGAGCAGGGCCAAGGGAUGAGGCCUCACCCUCCGGGCCACAGCCGGGAGCCAAACAGGACCGGCUCUCUCACACCUCCCUCAGACAACUGAAGGCCAAGAUGGAGGCUGAAAAUCAACAGGCGAAGGAAAUAACCCAACCCUUACUGGACACAGAAAAUGGUUUAGUGAAGGACUUGGAGAGGUUUCUGAGCCAGCGAGACGUGACGGAGCUGAGGAGGAGGGAGCUGCUGCACAAGCGCUGGACUGAGCGCGUCUGGCUUCCCCUCCAGAGGAGAGUGGAGGAACACGCGUCCAGCUGCAGCCCCGCAGCGGUCAAGAGGCGCCAGAGCUUAUACAGGCACUACCUCCAUCACUGCAACACCAAGGGCUGUGUGUUUCUAGACACCUAUGAUCUAAGGGAAUACAAUCCGUUUCUUCUACACAUCAAAAAGCCACACUUUUUUAAGCUCAGUCCAGCUGACUUAAAGGACCCACUGUACCUUCAGUUACAUGAACGACUGAAGGAAAAGAGAACAGCCGGUUCUUGUGAAGCAGGAUGUAAAUACACAAGGAGACCAGUGCAGAGCGAUCCUCCUCUUUGUGAGUCUGUGACGUCUCAGACCAACAAACUGCUCCAGGCCUCGUCUAAUCAUCCAGUCACUGCAUCCAGAAACACUCCAGUGGGGGAUACGACAGAAGGAAAGAAGUCCAGCAGGCUCGACACCACACCAUACCACAUCAGUGCAACUGCCACACUAGAUGGAAGGUGCCAUCAGACCGGCUGCUGGCUGCUCGGACGUGGACGUCGGCAACAACCAGCGAGUUAACGACUUCAGCCCUCGUCUGCAUCCAAAUAAAAUCCAUUUUAACCGUAAAUCUUCACCUCUGCUCGCUUCUAACUAACUCACAUUCCUUCCCCCAGACACUGUACUAGAAAGGGUUAAUCGUGUAGGAAUACAUGAAACCAGGAAUGUGUUGACAAAGUAGCGAAACAUUCAGCCGCAAUAAAGAAAAUGUUUUUCUGUAUGCACAUUUUAUUCAUGCCAUUUUCAGGAUUAAGGGGUUAACAUUGGACGUUACAUUGUACAGUAGUGUGCAGCAUUUUAAAUGACGGCAUAACAAGGACGUGUGGCAGUGUGCAGGCGAAUGUAUUACAGGACGUA